GAAUGUUUCGUGAAUUUCCAAUGAAAUUCUUUCAAAAAUGGGAGUUACUGGACUCUGGAAACUCAUAGAGCAGUCAGGGAAGCCCGUGCCCGUGGAAACUCUUGAAGGGAAAGUGUUGGCGAUCGAUAUCUCGAUUUGGCUUCAUCAGACAAUCAAAGGAUACCAAGAUGGCAAAGGUGGCGCCGUCCAAAAUGCUCAUUUGAUCGGACUUUUCAAUCGUUUGUGCAAACUUUUGUUUUAUCGGAUCAAGCCGGUGUUUGUUUUUGAUGGCGGGAUUCCACAAUUGAAGCGAAUCACGAUCGCAAAGCGUUCCAUGCAACGAAGUAAGACGCAGCAAGAAGCCAACCGGGUCGAGCAGGUCCUCUUAGAAGCACUAGCGAAUGAAAAACUCGUUCAACAAGCCUUGGGAAAGUCCCCAAAGGACAUUGUGUCACCGCGAAAGGCCAAACAACUGCGAGAAGCUGCUCAAAAACGGCAAGAAGACGACUUGUAUGCGUUGCCGCCGCUGGAAAAUGAGCUCGGAGUCGCUCAAUUGCCCACCGAAUUGAGUGACGAUGACGACGAAGAAGACAAUAAAUUCUUGGGAGACUUGGAAAUUGCUAAAAUUGACGUCACGCAUCCACUUUUCAAGCAACUUCCGGCAGAUAAACGUCACGCGAUCCUGUUUGAACUGAAAGAAACUCGCAAACAAUCGUCUUGGGGUCGUUUACACGAAAUGCCAGCCGAUGCGAACAAUUUUGCGGAAUUUCAGAUGAAACGUUUGCUCAAAAGACGCAACGUUCAAGUCUCUCUCGAGGAAGCUGAACUGGAAAUGGGAGGAAAAAGCUUGACUUUGAUGGAACUUGAUCAGCUCAUGCGAGAAGAUGGCAUCGUCGAAGGCGGCAGCGACGAAAUAAAAGGUCAGAGAAUCGCUUCCAACGAAAAUGCGAGAUUCGUUUACAUCAAAGACACGUUAAAAGCGAUCGAGGAGUCGAAAAAGACGUUGGAAGAGGAAAAAAUUAAGCAAAAUAUCCCGGAAGACGACGUCGAUCUUCAAAUGGCGAUCGCCAUGUCACUCCAAAAUGACGAUCCAGCCAACUUGGCACCGUUACCGGUGGCAAAAGACACAGAUAUCAAGUUGUCGUCACCGCAGCGAGCGAAUUUGCGAGAUGCCAACAAAGGUCCUGCGCGGGAAUACAUGCUGGAAUACGGUCUCGUGAACGAUGAAGUGAUCAAAGACAUGUUUCAGCACAAAGAAGCAACAAAAACGAAGGAAACAGAUGCAAUUAGUAUCACAAGUAGCACUGAUUCUGACUUUGUUGAUGUCCCCGAGGAGAAUUUUAGUCAUGAAACGAUUGUUCCGAUGGUUGAACCGUUUCCCUUGCCCGUCGCUUCACCUUCAAAGGACUUUAGACUUGAGGAUUUGAGGAAAUCUGAAGUAGUUGAAGUCAAAAUUGACCCGAUGGCGGCAAAAGUGGAUGAUUUAUUUGCAGAUAUUUUUAUGGAAAAUGCUGAAAUGGCAAAUAAACGUGCUUUGGAAGACGAUUCAGAUGAUUUGAACAAGACCCAACCGCUGGAUUUGACGGAAUAUGAACAUAUUUUGAAAGGAAAGUCGCCGUCGCCGAAUAAAAAGUUAAAAAUGGACUCGAUUGAGGAUGAAACUGAUGUGAAAAAGACUGAAGUUGAUAUUAAAGAGGCUGAAAAUGACGUAAAAAUGGCUGAAAAUGAUGAGCACGGGGCUGAAAUUGAAGUUAAAGAGACUGAAGUUGUUACAAAAGAAGAUAAAAAAGAUAUGAAAGAAGCUAAAAUUGAUGUUAAAGAGACUAAAACUGAUACUAAAGAGUCAAAAACACUCAAAAAUGAACUUAAAACACCCGAAAAAAAUAUUUCUCUUGAACAAAAACGACUAGAAAUGCUCAAAAAAGUCGAAAAUGAAUUAAAAAUGCUUCAAAAUGACGUAAAAACAGAAAAUAAGAGACCUGAAAUGGAAACUUCUGAACUCGAAAGUCCUUCAAAGAAACUUUGCCUCGAAGUUUCAACCAAAAUCGAACCAGAAACUAUCGAAAUUCUCGACAGUCAAGAAGAAAAAGUUCCCGACGUUUCCAUUAUCGAGCCGACAACCCCGAAAAAGGCACAAAAAUCCGAUUCUUAUGAAAUAAUCGACCUCUUGAGCCCCAAAAAAUCACCUUCAAAAGUACAAAUUUCUCCCAAUAAAGUUACCACAAAAGAGCCUGUCGCAAGUUCAUCCAAAUUUGUUCAACCUCCGGCACCAACAAUCCAAAAUUUACCAGAAGAUGAGGAGGCAUUGCGUGAAAUGGAACGAGAACUCGCGGCAAAAAGUCGCUCUUUGCAACAAGAAAUGAACAAAAAGGACCGUUUCGCGGUUUCAGUUACCGAACAGAUGAGUGCUGAUUGUCAGGAUUUGUUGAGAAUGUUUGGCAUUCCAUACAUCGUUGCUCCAAUGGAAGCUGAAGCAGAAUGUGCUUUUUUGAACAAACACGGACUUGUCGAUGGAAUUAUCAGCGAUGACAGCGACGUUUGGUUAUUCGGAGGCAGUUGCGUUUACAAAAAUUUCUUCGACAACAAGAAAAUCGUUUUGGAAUAUCGCGCCGAGAGCAUCAAAAAUCUCUUUCAUCUCGACCAACGAACUUUAAUCCAACUUGGGAUGCUUGUCGGUUCCGAUUACACGUCCGGCAUUCAAGGAAUUGGCACCGUAACCGCCAUGGAAGUCAUUUCCGCCUUCAGCAGCAACAAAAACGAUCACACCGACGAAGCCAUUUCCGUGAUUUCAGCUCUUCGCAAAUUCCGCGAUUGGUGGAUGAACGGCAAGGAAUGCACGGCACCGCAUUUAACAGAGUUAAAGAAAAAAUUGAAAAAAGUUUCGUUAAUCGAGGGAUUUCCGAAUUUGGAUGUCGUUAAAGCUUAUUUGUAUCCGGAAGUGGAUUUAAACGACGAACCCUUCACUUGGGGCAUGCCCGAUGUCGAAGCGAUUCUUGACAUGACUCGCAGGAAACUCGGAUGGACAAAAAGCAAAACGGAGGAUUUAUUGACGCCCGUGAUGAAAAAAUUGAACGAAAAACAAAUGCAAUCGAGUAUUAAAAAUUAUUUCAAAACCAAGGAAAUCACCAGUCACAAGGAUUUAGUCGUCAGUAAACGCACGGAAAAAUCAAUCCGACGCUUGGCGGGCGAAGUAAGUGCGGAAAAAGAGACAAAAACGAAGAAAAGAACGCAGAAAAAAGCAAAGGCAGGUCCCAGCAAGGAAAAAGUUGAAGAAGAAGUCCGUGAUGAAAGUCCUCCUCGCACAAAAAGCGUGAAAUAUGUUCGUCCAUCGCCGAAAAAGACUCCGGAAAAGAAAGAAACGUUGAGAAAACGGGUGCCUCGGAUACCUGAUCCAAAUCCUGUCAUCCCUCAAUUGGUGAAACGGCAAGAAGAAAUGGAGGAAAAUAAGAAAAAGGCAGCUGAAUUGUUUAAAAAAUCGAAAAAAUAAUUACUUCUAAAAUUAAUUUUAAUAAAAUUUUAUAAAAAUAAAAAAAAAUAUUC